UUGAUUCAGUCGUUAAGCUAGCAAUGUGGCGGCGAGUCAUAUUUAUCAGAUGCUGUUUCUGGACGCUAACUGAGACGGGAGCACCGUGUGGCCUCCAGAUGGAGUGCGUGCCCCAGGGACUGUGCAAAACGAGCGCUUGGAAUCAGAAUGCUAUUUCUUGGCCGAGCCCGUGCCAGAGAUCAGAAAGUUGCUGUCACAGUUCUCAAAAGUUAGUGAUCGGUGCUCCGCUAAACUGUGGCAAGAGUAAUCCCAAUGGCCUGGGCGGCACAGUAGAAGAGGUUGUCGAUCAGGCGAAACCCAAUGAGUUCCCUUGGACUGUGGCUCUGAUGCAAAACUUGAUCAACUUCUUUGGCGCGGGAACUCUGGUCACCGAAAACAUUGUGAUAACCGCUGCCCACCUGAUGCUAGACAAGACCAUCAACGACUUCGGAAUCAUCGGCGGUGCAUGGGAUUUGAAGCAGCUGGCUGGUAAAACGAUUCAGUGGCGAACUGCGACCAGGAUUGUAUCGCAUCCGGACUUCAACAAAAUGACCGGGGCCAACAACAUAGCCCUGAUCGUACUGGAAACUUCGUUCGUGAUGAAGCCCCCUAUUGGACCCAUCUGCUGGCCCACUUCCGGAGUGUCUUUCGAUCGGGAACGCUGCCUGGUGGCCGGCUGGGGGAGGCCGGAUUUCCUUGCCAAGAACUAUUCCUACAAGCAGAAGAAAAUCGAUCUGCCCAUCGUGAGCAGGUCCGAUUGCGAAUCCCUAUUGCGGAGGACGGCGUUUGUCCAGAGCUUCCAGCUGGACCCCACCAUAUUGUGUGCUGGCGGCGAGCGGGGGCGAGAUGCCUGCAUUGGCGACGGUGGAUCCCCGCUAAUGUGUCCCAUUCCCGGCCAUCCGGCGAUCUACGAGCUCGUCGGGAUUGUGAACAGCGGCUUUUCUUGCGGACUGGAGAAUGUGCCUGCCUUAUACACGAACAUCUCGCACAUGAGGCCUUGGAUUGAAAAACAACUCAAUGACGAACUGAAUAAGCCAUACAAGACAUUUCCCAUAUAUAAUAUAUCCUAUGACUAAAAUACAAAGACCACUUUC